AUGACCCCAAGAGCACAACGAAGACUCAUCAAUGAGCAUAGUGGGAGCUCUACUUGGAAAAUUGUUGUUUGGGUGGCCCUAUUCCUGUUGCUUUUUGGUGCUACUUGCAUGGGACUGCUUGAAGAAAAUGGGCUAUUUGGCGAUGGAUGGAAAGAUUGUUCCAUUUGUGAACUCAUCCAGGGUGGAACAAAAGAUCUGAGAUCCUUAAUGAAAGCUAAUGACAUUUUGGAAAAAAGGUCACUUGAAAUCCCAUCUCUGAAGGAGGAAGUACAUAUGCUGCAAACACAACUUCAAGGCUUGAAAUUGAGUAUGAAGGAUAUUGCCUAUGACACAGUUAGUGAAAUACUGAAAGGAUAUACGAGCAAAGGCAUUACAAGAUGGACUAUUGAAAAAACGCUUAAAAAAUUAAAGGAAAAGUUGGAUGAAGAUGAUGUUCAGAUGCCAGAUUAUGCACUCAAAUCAGCAGGUGCCAGUAUUGUUCAGUCCAGAACCAGUAGAAGCUACCGCCACGAUGGAGGAAAAUAUUUCUGGAUGUCAUUCAUUAUACUCCCUUUUGUGAGAUCUCCAGACAUAAUUCUGCAGCCCAGUUACCACCCUGGAAAUUGCUGGCCUUUUCCUGGAAGUCAAGGUGAAGCUGUUGUCCAACUAGCCAUGGUUAUUAUUCCAAGAGCUGUUACAAUACAACAUAUCUCCAAGAAAUAUGAAGUUGAUGAUAACCGAACAGUUAAAUAA